AUGAAAACGAAUAUCCCCAAAAAUAAGCCGCCGAGCCCGCGCUGUGCCGAGGAGCGGCGCGGGAAGAGCACCGGGCAGCGGGAACCGGGGCACAGCCAGCCCCGCGGCCGAGGUGGUGAUGCUAAGGCUGCUGGGCAGUCCCAGGGAGAUAGCAACCAUCCAGGGGCUGGGGACACUCGGAGGCAUCAGAGGGGGCGUGCAGAACACCGGAGACACACCAUCACCAAUGGCGUGGACUUCAGCAUGCUGAAGCACAUGAAGGAGCUGGAACAGGAGAAGGAUUUCCUGCUGCAGGGUCUGGAGCUCGUAGAGCGCACCCGGGAGUGGUACCACCAGCACAUCCAGUUCAUGCAGGAACGCCAGAGGUUCCUGGGGAAGAACAAAACCAGUGCUGACUUCCUCCCUGAGGGCAGCCAGAGCCACCUGGGGUGCCUGGUCCCCAAGCUGCAGGAGGUGAACCGCUGCUUGGGUGACCUCCUUUCCACCGCCGGCAAGCCAGCAAACCCCUCCUCAGCUCUGAGCAGGCUGGUCCCUGUGGCGUCCCCAGCCUCAGCAGGCUCUCAGCAAGCCAUCAACAUGCUGAAGGAGCAAAACCGGCUUCUCACCAAGGAGGUGACCGACAAGAGCGAACGCAUCACCCAGUUGGAGCAGGAGAAAUCUGCCCUGAUCAAGCAGCUCUUUGAGGCUCGCGCCCACAAUAACCAUGAAACAAGCCAGCUGGACUCCACCUUCAUCUAG